AUGGCGGGAGGCGCCGCCCGGGAAGCUGAUGGCUAUGGCGACGCGACGGGCAGUGAAGGUCGAGGCGAACGCAACGGGGAGAAUAGAGCCGCGACGGCGAGCGACGGCUCUGCGAUGCGGAACGAUGGGCACGACCGCAGCCCGCGGCGGGGCGACGAGGGGGAGGGGGUGAGCGCAGGGCGUGAGGCGGAGAAAGGAGCGGAGGGGCAAACAGAGCGCGACGAUGAGGAGGGGCGCGACGGGAUGGGCGAGGCGAGGGGAGAGGGCUCGGAUGCUGGAGGGAGGGAAGGGGCGAGUGCGAUUAAGCGCGCGAGCGGUGAAAGUGAAGUGCGCGGUGACAGGGGAGCGCAGAUGAGCGCGAUAGACGAUGCGCGCACGACAGUGGUCGGUGCGAAGAGAAGGUUGGAGGCGGAGGGGCAGGAAGCUGUGGGGGCGAAUAAACGGACUGCUCGUGCAGCAGAGGACGAGAGGAGGGGCGACGGCGAAGGGAGCGUGGUAGACGCGAGCAUGAUGAGAGACACACGCGAGGGUCAUGGCGUGGGCGAUCUGGCGGCGCGGUGCAGCAGUGAGGCGGCGAAAGAGGCAGGGGCAGUGCAGGGUGGGCAGCAGCAGCUGUUUGGUCGAGUGCUGGAUCACAGCGACGCUUUGAAACAAGGUGAUGCACUGACAGAGGACGGUGCGGAGAAGCAAGGCGGCGAGGAGGAGCAACGGGAAAACGAGAAGCAAGCGGAGCAGGAGAAGCAAGGCGACGUGCAGGAUGGGAGGGCGGAUAGAGAGCAGUGUGCGACGCAGCAGACGCAAUGCGCGGGUGGUGGCCGCCACGCACCUGUGGGCGCGUGGCAGGGAGGCGAGCAGGAGGUGUCGGAUCCUCACGCGGAGCAACGGCCCGUGGCACGGGGUGGCGUGGGAGCGGAGCUUGGGAAAGUAUUCUCAGCCCCCCCAGGCGCUGCAGAUGCAGCUCAAUUCAUGGCGGACGGUGCUGCUGCUGCCACUCCCGCAAUGCUUCUUGAGCCACCCGUUGCUUGCGGCGACCCUGCAGUGCCAAGCGCAGGAGGCAGGGUGGCGAGUGGCGGUGCAGCAGGUGGUGGGAUGCGCGCAGACACGGGUGACGUGGGGCAGGCGCAUGGAGGAGCACGCCACGAAGGCGUGGGCGUGCAGGCAGCAGCGGCGGGCAUGGAUGCCGGGGCAUACAGCGCGACGGGGAGCAGGGAGGGAGUGCAGCAGCAGCGCGUGGUGGGGGAGCGCGAGCAGGUGGAGCAGCAGGCAGAGCUGCCAGAGCAUGGCAUGGGCGGCCUCGCGCUGCCCCCUGCCCACGAGCGUGACUCGGGCUGCCAUUCGGGAUCCGGUGCGCUGGACACGGCACAGCUCGUAGCCUCUGGUGAUGCAACGCCAUCAAACAGCAGAGAGAGGGGAGCAGGUGGAGGUGCGGGUGGGGGUGGAGGAGGGCGAGAGGAGGGAGCGGGUGUGGGUGAUGGGAAGCUGUUUCGCGGUGUGAGGCAGAGGCAUGAGAACCGGUGGGUGGCGGAGAUCCGGUACCCCAAGAAGCGGUCGCGCGUGUGGCUGGGCACGUUCAGCACGCCUGAGGAGGCAGCGCGCGCGUACGACCGCGCGGCCAUCAAGCUGCGCGGGCCCAAGGCGCGCACCAACUUCCCCCACCCCGCGCUGGCGGAGUGGCAGCCCCUGGCGGGGUAUGCAGGCGUGGAUCGCGCCAUGGGCGCUGCUGUGGGGGCUGCAGCUUGCAACGACGGGGGCGGGGAGGAGAGGAGCAAGCGGGCGAGAGCAGCGCAGAGCCCUCUACAGCCUGGCCAGCAGGUGGUUGCCGCCGCAAGUGGGGGCAGUGCGAGGCAUGGGGGCGAACGAGCAGACACGUGGAGCGUUAAGAAUGGGGAGCAAGGAGGGGAUGGAGAGGGGAAGCAUGCGGGCAAAGAGACAAUGGCGCAGCAAUGGCAGCAUGCAGGCUCAGCGCCUCCCCCGCCCUCUGCCGUGCCUGCUGGUGCUGCAAGUGCAGGUGUUUUGGGGCAAGUGGUGCAGCAUGUGCAGCAGCGAGUGGUGGCGGAGAGGCUGCAGCAGAGCAGUGUCGCCAUGGGCAAUGCGGUGGGCAGUGACGCUCACAGGCUGCUGCUGGGACUCAUAGCUGCCAAUGCACACGCUGCUGCUGCAGGCACGGCCGUAGGAGUAGGGCCGGGUGGGGAGAGGCGCAUGGCAGAUGGGGGGUUAGGGGAAGGGGGGGGAGAUGCAGCCGCAGCAGCUGCAGCGGCGGCGGCAGCAGCAGGGAGCCGGGUGGGGAUUGCGGAUAAGCUGCUGCUGCUGGCGGUGCAACAGCAGGCGGAGGCGCAGCAGCAGGCGCAGGUGAGGCAGGCGGAGGCGGUGAGGCAGGCGCUGCUGUCAGUGGCCCCGGAGCACAGGCAGCAGCUGCUGCUCGCCCUCGCACAGGGCGGCCUGCUGCCCUUGGCAGCGCUGCUGCACGCACCACCGCAGGCACAGACGCAGGUACAGGCACAGGCACAGGCACUAAUGCAAGGGCAGGGGUCAUGGAACGCGCAUGGCACGGCAGGUGAGGGCCUUGUUGGAGCGCUGCUGGCAAAGGUGGGUGGGGAGGACAAGAACAAUGCGGGGAGCGUGAUUCACGGGCUGCUGGCGGGGAUGGGUGGCACUGACGCCUCCACUGUCCUACAACUGCUGUUACAGCACCAGCAGCAGCAGCAGCAACAGCAGCAGCAGGCAAGGCAGCAUCAGCAGUCGCAGCUGUCGUUGCUGUUGGGGAAUGCAGGGCAGGCCAUGCAUGGCGUUGGGGCGAGCUUUUUUGGGGCAUCAGGAGAUGCGAGUGGCAGUGCUGCAGCAGCUGCUGUGCCUGGCAGCAGCGCUGCUGUCAUCAGUUCCCUGGCGGCGCUACUGGGAGUGGAGCAGGGUGCCAGGCACAACAGCAGCGCGCGUGGGAGCAGUGCGAGCCACGAGUGGGUGGCGGGCAUGAGGCAACAGGGCUCCGCCCUCCCGCCUGCUGCACUGCCCUCGGGUGCCUCUGGUGCUGCCACGUGCAGCGCUGCAGUGGGGCCAGGGGAGGCCAGGGAGGCAGGCGUGGGCGCAGCAGUGUCGCAGCAUUCCUUCCUCCCCGCACAGUGGGAAACGGGCGUGCGACAGGGGGGCUGUGUGGGGGCAGGGGGAGUGACUCGCCCCAAUCAAAAUUGCGUGUCUCAAAUUUUCGCUCCUGCUCGAAUGUCGCCCAUCCUUCACCCCGUUUGUUGCCACGUGGCGCUUCGGCUUUUGCCCCUCCAUCCGUCGCCGUAUCUCCAUAUCCGCCCGUAUACCCUUGUUUCGUCGUCUCCGCCUGCAUCCCUCCCCAAUCGCCUCUCCCGCCGCCUCAUUGCGACUCCCCUCCCGUCUCCGCGCAUUGCCGCCACCUGCUACAUCCCCGCCCCACCUCCCUCCCCGCCAUUUGCCCGCGCCGAUUCCGCCUGCUCCGCCACGCCACACUGCGCGUGGAAGGAUCGGCUUGCUUCGGCACGGUGGCUAAGCCGGGGGAGCGAGGGGCGCGCCAGUGGCACGCGCGGGAUGAGUGGCGUUGGCGCGGAGGCGGCUGGCGGGCGUGCGGAAGCAGCGACGGGCGGAGUGGUGGAGGAGGAAAGCCGAUGUGAGGCGAACGGUGCAUUGCGGACGACUGGCGAGGGCGGCGAACGAGGGGGAAGCGAUGGGAUGAAGGGCGACGAAGAGGAGCGGCCGGCGACGGCGCGGACUGGCGCGGGGGAGGAUUUGGCCCCUGCGGUAGGGGCUGGGGGCAGCGAGAAGCGGGGCAAGGGGAAGAAGGGAGGCGGGAGGGAGAAGGGCAAGAGCGCGGGCGAGGGCAGGGGGAAUGAAGGAGGCAAGGGGGAGCAAGGAGGCAGGGGCAAGCGGGGCGCGGGAAUGGUGGUGGGGGGGUACGCGGUGGAGGGCGUGUCAGUGGGCGGGCAGGAGACGUGUGUGAUUAUACCGAGCAUGCGCGUGGCGUUUGACAUCGGCAGGUGCCCUGCGCGCGCUGUCUUCCAGGACACCGUGCUCAUCUCCCACACCCACAUCGACCACGUGGGCGGGCUGGCGUUCCACGUGGCAACGAGGGGGCUCUUCUCACUGGCGCCGCCCACCGUGGUGGUGCCGCCAUCAGCCGUGCAGGGUGUGAUGGCCAUGAUACAGUGCUUCCAACAACUCGAUGGCAGCUCCCUGCCCCUCCAACUCAAAGCCCUCCAGGUGGGUGAGGAGAUGCGGCUGGGCAAGGGCUAUUGGGUGAAGCCGUUCACCACGUACCAUGUGCUGCCCAGCCAGGGCUAUUUGAUUUCGUCUCGGCGGCACAAGCUGCUGCCGCAGUACCAUGGCUUGCAAAACGCCGAGAUCAAGCGACUCAAGGAUGCCGGCACACAGAUAACGGAGGAGGUGGAAGUGGGCGAGGUGGCGUUCACAGGCGACACAACAGCGCAGUUCAUCACGGACCCCGCCAACGCACAUGUACUCCGCGCCAAGCUGCUCAUCAUGGAGGUGACGUUCAUUGAUGACUCGGUCACCAUAGAGCAUGCAAGGAAGUUCGGCCACAUUCACAUUAACGAGCUGCGCCCGCUGGCGCACAUGUUUCAGAACGAGGCCAUUCUCUUCAUCCACUUCUCAGCGCGAUACCACCGCCAUGAGAUAUUGGAGAGCAUUGCUACACUGCCAGAGCCAUUGAGAAGCAAGGUGAGCGUGCAGGCGCUGGGGCGAGGAGAGGUGCGCGCAGGCGUGGGGGAGGCGAGGGUGCAAGCAAGGGACGGCGAAAGCAUCAGUAGAACAGCGGAUCAACAAGAUGAAGAUCACGAGCACGAGCGUGCGCGCAGCAGCGCCUCUGCGUCGUCGUCCAAUGGCGCAGCGACGGCGGCCGUUCCCUCUGCCACGCAGCACGCCCCCACGGCGUCACCACGCACGCAAGCGCAAAGCCAGCCACAAGCACAAGCAGCGCCACGCGGUGCAGAGGGACCGCUAUGGGCGGAACAGGAGGCGGGACGCAUGCGGGGGCGGGGGGGGCGGGGCGGCAGCGGGCGGGCAUACAGGAACUUGUUCCUGGCGGUGGCGAUGUGGCAGACGCACGUGGAGCGCGCUGUGGACCGGCUCUUCCGAGAUGAGCUCGCCCGCCGCGCCCUCGUGACCACGGCACUGCUGGCGCUGUCCCGCGUGGGGUAUGCCGUGCCGGUGGCGGGCCUCAAGGAGGCCAGCUCUGCCACCCACGACCACCCACUGCUCAUGGCCGCCGGGUUGGAUGUGGAGGUGGCAUCACCGGGAGGUCCCAUCAACCUGUUCGCUCUGGGCAUCACACCGCACAUAUUCGCCUCCAUCAUUCUUCAGGUGGUGUUGGCGCUGCGCAUCUCGCCGCAUCUCAACAACCUGCGCAACGAGGGGUCAAGGGGUGCUGCACUCAUCCAGCGAUACACCUUCUACGUGUCAGCAGGGCUGGCAGUGGUGUUUGGCGGGCUCACAGCAUGGACGUCUAUGGACUGUUCUGGCGCCCUCAGGGUGUGGCUGCCGUCGUUCCUGCGUGCGUCCCUGGCCCUGGCGGUGGGCUCCACCCUGCUGCAGGGCCUCUGCUCCGCCAUCACCAAGUUCGGCCUCGGCGAGGGGUACUCGCUGCUCAUCUGUCUGAGCAUCCUGUCGGGCUUCACAGCAUCGCUGCAGCCCGCCCUCGCCGUCUGCAAAGAGCGUCUGCUGUCAGACCCCCACGUGGCGGCACUGCUGGCGCUGCUGCUCAUGCUCUUUGUGCUCACCACCUUCGCGGCUGCGUGGCUGGUGGGGGGGGUGCGCCGUGUGCCGCUGCUCUACUUUGACUUCAACAUCACCACGCCCUCCCUGGAGGAGAGGGCGCAGGUGCAGCCAGUGGUGCCGUUCCCGCUCAUCCCCCAGGGCAUGUACCCUGUCUUCAACGCCUCCCUGCUCGCCUCCUCCGUCACCAUGAUUCUCCGGGAGGUGGGUGGGUACAACGUGGCUGCUGCUCCCCUGCACCUGCGCGCGCUGGGCCACACAGCCGUCUUCCUCGUCACCAUUCUCUUCAACAUAUACGACCUGGACGACACGAUAAAGGACAUAGCGGACAGUCUGGUGGCGAUAGGGGCGAGGGUGCGGCAUGUGAGGCCAGGGGCGGAGACAGCCGAGUUCCUCAGAGACGCACGGGACUCCACUCGCUUCCUUGGUGGUGUGCUGCUAGCAUCCAUGGCGUCUGCAUCAUCAGCACUUAGUCUGUUUGUCUACCGAAUCUCAGGGAUCUCCAUAGCUUUCACAUCACUUCUGAUCAUUGUUGGCUCCAUCAUAUCUCUGCGUCGCACCAUAGAGAGUUAUCUCCAAGUCACCCAUCUCAUGCAAACACUGUCACGCUUUCAGAUCAUGACUGCUACCUGA